AAUCAAGAAAACUGGACAUGAUAAUCGUGUUUCGGAAUCAUAUGUCACGUUUCCUGUCAACUCUGGCAGAAGCCGAGGUCGUCGACCGCGCUUUCCGACCGAGUUUCAAGUUGGCCGAAGAUGCGUGUUGCUUCCUCUUGUAGUUGUUCCUCAUGCGAUUGGCGCCCCCUGACCUGUACCAAUGGAUGUAGACGAACAACACGUGCAGACGCUGCUGGCGAUGGGCUUCCCCGACGUGGCCGCCAUUCGCAAGGCGCUGCGGCUCGGCAAGAACGACGUCAACGAGGCGGUCGCCAUCCUGACCAGCGAGCAGCCCGGCGCCGACUUCGAGUCGGUGGAGAUGACCGAUGUCAGCGGGCAGACGGCAGAUCAGGCGCCCCCUAGCUAUGAUGAAGUGAGCAGCAGAGAGCAGGGUGACGGUGAGGGCGAGAAUCUGGAGUUCCCCGCAGGAAACCUGUACGAGCUGGAGAGCCGCACCUUCACCAACUCCUGGUCCAUCCCCUACCGUCGCCACGAGUCUCUCGGCAGGUGUCUACUGGCUGCUACAAGGCUCGCUAAAGAAGGGCUAGCAGAAGCAGACGAAAACUGCAGAAGAUUCAUGGACGGAGUUCUUCCUGAUGCAUUUAACAAGCUCUUGACGUCUACCUACGUGACAACUUGGAAGGGUGAGAUCCAAGAGGGUAUCUACACCAUGAGUCAGUUACUGGUGGACCUGGUAGCUGCUCGUCUGAAACAUCCCCCACUACCUGUCAAUCUGUUAUACCUACUCAGCACUGUGUUUGACCCGGACGUAAACUUUCACGUGAAAAACCGCAGUCGCCCGGCAGAACGCUUGCACUGGGCGUCCGUGUUUGGAGAGGGUAAAACGUACGCCAUCAGUCCGGCCUACGCGACCGGCUGCGACCCCUGCGGUUGGCUGGUGAACCUCGUCAACAGGUGGGGGGAGAAAGGCGGCUUCCAGCAGCUGUUCGGAGACGAGAGCCAGGUGCUGUGCUGGAGUGAGGAGGAACUGGCAGCAGCCUUGAGGCCUGUAGCCUGUGCUGCCCCCUAUCUGAACCACAAUGUACUGCAGCCACUGUUAAAACCACCCAUGGAGCUGGCACAUACAAAACUGCAAAGUCUUCUAACUGAUGACCUUAGGAGUAAAGACCUGGGAGGCAGCUGGUCCCUGCUCAUGUGUAUGCGGCAGCUGGUGUACCACCUGUGGGUGGACCAGGUGGAAGCCGUGAACCAGCUGACCCUCAAGGUGCUCAUCACCUGCCUCAAGUCGCAGCACUACGGCCCCAAGAUGGCGGCGCUGCGGCAGCUGGGAGAGCUGAUCGAGCAAAGCAGCGGGACCAAUGGUCGCACCAACGGGCUGGACCAACAACACCUGCUGUGCUGGCUACAGGAGAACAGCGUGCUGAAAUAUGCACUGGAGGGGAGCAUACAUCAGGCACAGUAUGCUGACCGAGUCAAGAAACUUCUCCAGUUCUUGGCACCAAACCUGGCCAAGAAGGAAAUCUCCAAUAUCUGGAAGAUGCAGGAGAACCAGCCCAUAGUUGUUGCAGAGAACAUCCAUGGUUUGCUGGUCCAUGCUGCAGAACAGUUUGAUGAGGAACAGCUGGAGCACCUGUUCCGCCUCAUCCAGACAUCCUGGUCCAACAGCACACAUGCUACCCAGGAGUUGUUGUUACAGCUGAUGGGACAGCUAGCCUGUAGUACCCAGCAGUCUGGUAUCAUCCACCAUGUGUUAUCCAUGCUGUGGGACAUGGCCCACCUCCCCGCGCUGCCCCGCCCUCUCUUACACCAGGCACUCAACCAGCACUCCACCAUUCUCUUCAACACCUCACAGAUAACUACUGCUACCAGGAAAGAGUGGGUCCAACAGUGUGUGCACGAGGUGAAGAGUGCCAGGUUUGUGGUGCCAGCACUCCAGCACAUCAUGAACAUCCUACGGAACAUGCUCAACAACAUGCCGCAGAAACUCAUGCGCAGCUUUAUACAGGACAUGAACCGUACCCAAGACUUGGUGAAGGUGCUAGUAACAAGUCUGAUCACCAUCCACAAAACAGCCAAGAGUUCAACAGAGAGUAUGCAAGCUCCUGCGCUAGUAGACGAUAAGUUCGGUCUGGACGAGUGCGUACAGACCCACCUCAGCAUGAUUGGUGUGAUCCUGGAGGACGGCGAGCUGUUCCUGCCGUGGCACCGCCUGCGUGACCUGUGGGACUGUCUGGUGUCGGGACCCACCGCCAGCGAGGAGGAGCGGGAACUGUGCUGGCGAUGGCUGCAGGGGCGCCUCAAUGAUCUGGAGCCUGAACCUCAGAUGAACUUGAUGAAGGAGAGAUUGUUCAAAGUGCCUCCUACUCAGCUGACUACCACAGGCUUCCAGUGCUUCCAGUCCUUUUUUGAAAGUGUAAAUGAAGAGCAGCAUGGGUUGAGGAAACUGGUAUCUAUUCUGGUAAUAGAGAAGUCUGAGCUGCUGGGACUGGACUAUGUGUGGAGGGUGGCCCUGGAGAGUGUACAGGAUGAGGUCGCUGAUCUGGCCAUCAGUAUGCUCAUCAGAUACUCCUACACCAACCUGGCACCAAAACUCAAAAAGGAACCUUUAACUGUCCAUAAGAAGUUCUUUGAAGAGUGCCAGAAGAGGUUACUGGCAGCACAGUCAGUCUUGGGAGAAUCAGCCAUCGCCAAAGCUGUGACAUCAGUUACGACUGCGUUGACAGCCAACACCGUUCCACAGAUGGCAUCAGACCCAACCAUGGCAAGGGUGGUCCAGUUGCGUGCAGUGGAGCGAAUCCUGCUGAUCGUACACAGGUACAUCAGCACGGUGGAAGACCAGCAGUGCGUGAGCCGUACCGUGUUGUCUCACGGCGCGGCCUUCCGCGGCCAGCCUCUCUCUCUUCACAUAUCCUGCGAGACCAGUAACAGAAUAUUCGACAUCAAGGGACACAGCAAUGAGAGGUUAGGAAGUAUACGACAUAAGAUUGCCGUGGAGGUCAACCACCCUCCAGACUAUGUACAGAUUGCUGUUAAUGAAAGGACGUUACUGUGGGGUAAGGACCAGAAGUUGCUGCACCAGUUGAGUUUUGAAGACUCCAUGACCCUGUCUGUGAAGAUGCUGCCUUGUGGAACCCCUGCCCUGGACACAUGGAGGUCACGGGGCAAACAGGCCAUGGUCAGCACACCGCACUACACCAGCGACCAGGAAAAACAACUUCCCAGCAUGGUGCUGUCCGGCCAGGCUGGCAUCUAUGACCUGCUGUACAACACAGCAGAGCUGGAGGGGGCCAGCAUCCAGGAGUGUGUGUACCAGCUGCUGCUCCUGCUGCCCACAGACCCCACGGUACAGUCAGCGCUGGACAGCCUGAGUGAACAGCCCGUGAAGGAGGAGAACAAGGCCGUGCUGUCCGCUGCGCUUGAGCUGCUUAUUGGACAGAAGGCGCCCAAGAUUUCUCCUCUCCGAUUGGUCUACAACUUACAGGCGCUGAGCGGUCACGUGAUGCCGGUAGAUGAGGACGAGGGUCUAAGCGCCAUCCUGCACGUGCAGCAGUUCUGUCAGAACUUCCUGCGGGGAGGGGGGCUGGACUUCCUCUUCUGUCUGCUCAGUAAGGAGGGUCUGGACGGGGACAUGGUCAUCCAGGCGCGCCGCGGCUGCCUCUCCACAUGUCUACAGCUGACCAGGUUCUUGCUGGGAGGAAAGCCGUUACGUGAAGUCAGCUCCGAAUCUGUGGGCGGUGCCACACCCGUGAAGCUUCAGCGCCAGUCCGCCUCCACCCCUGAACAGGAGGCGAUGUCACCGGGAGCAUCGUCGCCAGGAGCGAUGGCCAUGUCUCCGGUGAUGACAGACUCAGAGGCUGAGGGCGCGUACACGGCAGCGUGGAAGGAGGCCAGCAGACAGGUGCUGGACAUGACAGAGGAAGGGUUUAGGGAACUGUUACAGUGUCUGGUAGGACUGGCCUGGGCAGCUGCAGCAGGGAGACUGGACCUGGCACCAUACGCACCAGCCACGACACAAGGUACCCCUGGUCGAAAGCGGAGUGGUGGCCUGUCCCACGUCAGUAUAUGUACAGGUGACCAGGUCUCCAGCCAGGACGCUACCAUCGCGGCCGCGGCCAUGGACCUUCUGGUCACCUGUCUCCACCUCCGCACCCAGGACCUGGACAAGUUCUACACCUGGGAGUUCCUCCAAGACUUUAUAGUCGACGUCUUGCUAGCCUCAGCCAGCCCCAAGGUGCGAGAAGCUGCUACCCAUAGCCUAUACUCCCUCAGCAAGAUCAGAAGCACUGUGGAACAUGCUGACAACAGUGCCUCCAGUCCCAAACAGUUCUUGCUCAGGAUUCUGCAGCAAGCGCACGUGCCGCUGUGGACGUCUUCGUCGUAUGUGCGAACGGCUGCGUUCCGACUUCUGUGUCAGAGCGAGCACUAUUUCAGGCUGGUGUGUAAACUGGUACAAGGGAUGGAUUCGGACGACCUCCACGGUAUAGGGUUGAACACGACCAGUCUACUCCAGUCGGAACUGGACUGGUUGAACAACUUUGAGCCAACGGAAUCGGAUGACCAUGCGGAAGCGGAUGAUGUUCUCUUGACUGGUCAUCUCAGACUCAUCAAGACCCUGUGUCAGAAACCAGGAGUGGACAGAGCAGACAUCGGUUUCUCCCUGAACAGGUUGCUUCUGCAACAGCUGCUGUUCCCUGCUGCCCACAGAGGGACAGCUGCCCAGACAGCUGCCCAGGGGACAGCCAAGGAGCAGGACUCCUCCCUCAAGUCCAAGUGUCACAGCGACUCCUGUAGACAGGUGGCCUAUGACCUCCUGGUUAUCCUGUGUGAGGGGUGCAGUCAGAACCUACAGGACGUGACAUCACAGCUGGUCAACAUGCACCACCAACCACAGCUCACACACAAGAGGGAGUGGGAGCAUUUACCGCUAGUUGAUGGACGAGCAGGCUGUGGGUAUGUGGGGCUUAAAAAUGGUGGCGCCACCUGUUACAUGAACUCGGUACUGCAGCAGCUCUUCAUGACCCCAGGCAUUCCAGAGCAAUUGUUGGGGGUGGAGUCGUCUACGCAGAGCGCGUCGGACGGAAUCCUCCACGAGGCCCAGCGCAUCAUGGCACACCUUCAGGGCAGCAUGGUGCAGUACUACACACCCGAGCACUUCUGGAACUCCUUCAAACUCUGGGGGGAGACCAUCAACGUCAGGGAGCAUCAGGAUGCCUUCGAGUUCCUCACCAACCUCACAGACCAGGUGGACACAGUGCUGAAGAAGUUGAGUAAACAGGAGCUGUUCAAGUCCAAGUUCCAGGGUGUGUUCAGCGACCAGCAGAUCUGUAUCGAGUGUCCGCACCGCUACGAGCAGGAGGAAGAGUUCAUGGCGCUCAAUGUCACUGUGAAGCAACCGACACUCGAGCAGUCACUGGAGCAGUUUGUACGAGGAGAGAUACUGGAAGGUGAGAAUGCGUACCUGUGUGAGAAGUGUAAUGAGAAGCGCAGCGCAGUGAAGAGGAUGUGUCUGAAGCGGCUGCCCCCCCACCUGGCCAUCCAGCUCAAACGCUUUGACUACGACUGGGAGGCGAACAGGGCACUCAAGUUUGACGAUUAUUUCAGAUUCCCGCGAGAGUUGGACGUUGCCCCGUACACAGUAGAAGGUGUAGAACAGGCCACGCGGCAGGGGUGCACAGAACCUACGUCCCCAGGGUCCCCCACAAAACAGACAACACUCUACAGACUGGUGGGGGUGGUGGUCCACAGCGGUCAAGCCAACGCCGGUCACUACUACGCCUUCAUCCAGGACAGGCGGCCGGGCAGACAGGGCCACUGGCUGAAGUUUAACGACACCACAGUAGAGGAGGUGGAGCUAACUGACCAACUGUUAGAGGAGGAGUGCUUCGGGGGGACUUUUCAAGUCAGCUCUACAGCUACCAGUACGUCUAGCUCCUUCCCGGAGACCCGCGUACGGUACUGGAGCGCCUACCUCCUGUUCUACGAAAGACAAGAUGGCCGCCCCGUCGUUCCCAAGUCACCGAGCAGCAAGGACGUCAGGAAACCCAACGGAAGGUCGCUGCCCAGAGGUGACAGCCUGUCCCAGCUGGCUGCCCUGAUCCAGGCAGGUGAACAGCAGGGGCUGUUCCAGUCCUCCAUGCCCCCUGACUUGCAGCAGGAGGUGCACGCCCAGAACCUGCGCUUCAUGCUGAACAAGGACAUCUACAGCACACAGUACUUCUCCUUCAUCAAGAGACUGGUCUGCUGUCCGCUGCAAGGGGAUGUGGUCACAGAAGCUGAGCUGGUGGCAGGGACCAAACUGGCUCUGCACUUCCUCUGCAAUACCUACUUCACCACCAAGGGGGAGCUGCGUGCUGAGGUGCACAGCUGGGUAGACUGUGUGAAACAGCUGCUCCAGGCCAGCAGUCAAGCCUGCACUUUCCUGGUCAACUUUGUCAGUCAGCAGGAGGGCACGCUGUACAUCAGACCGUUGUUGCUGGAGUGUCCGACGCGUGAAGUGCGUGUCACGUUUGCCUCGCUGAUCCACGCUGUGCUGGAGGUCUGUCUCAAGAGGAACAUCUCACUGUGUGACAGCCUGUUACAGCUGCUGCUAUCCAUGGUCAACCAGUACAUCGCCAGCAACCUCAGGAACAGCGAUGCCUUCUUCAGCCUGUUCCAUGAGUACGGGCGUCUGGGUACCAGGGCGUGUGAACACCUGCUCCAACAGAACAUGUUCUCCUGUCUGGUGGGACUGCUGUUGACGGGACCACAGAUUCAGCAGAGCACCGCCGGCAGCAAGUGGACACCGGGAGAGAUCCCCGAGCUGUUACCGCUGCACCUCGCCCUCGCAACCACUGUUCUACACUGUGAUCUGUCGUACGCGAGAAGCGAGGAUUCAGGAGACACCCUGCCCCCCAGGCCCACCAGUAUAGUAGCACCAGAACAGUACAUCAAGGCUCCUGUAGCUGUGCAGGCCUGCAUAUCAGGGGAGCAGGCCACAGCCUACGUCAAUGAGGUUGUGUGGGUGUUCACCCAAGGCUCCACCCCUCCCUCCACCAUGGUGGAGAUGCUGCUGCACUGCUGCUACUGUAACAGGCACUUCUCCAUGCUGCUGUUGGACCACCUCAAGCAGUACCUCCGUACCACCGCCACCAGCGAACUGCGAGGGCUCCUCACCACCUUACAGGAGGUCCUGAUGCUAGAAGACCCCCUGCAGACAGCACGUUUAGACUCCGUCAUCAAGGGAACCAACAACGACGGACUGAUCGGGCUGAUGCGGGGCAGCCACACCAGCGACAGUACGCGCACCUACCAGUGCGUGAAGUUUCUGGUACACCUGGCCAACAAGAGCCACCCGGCAAAGGAGUUCCUGUUGGAGGUGUCAUCAGGGUGGAAGUGGGCAGUGUCGUGGCUACAGAAGAAGAUGCAGGAACACCAGUACCGCCCCCAGCAAUCCAAUGUGUCCAACGAGCUGUCCAGUAGCCGCAGUUUCCAGCGUACUAUGAGCGCCCAGAGCACCCUGGCUGAGGCUACGGCACUGCUGUCUGAGCUGCAACCAGACGGUGUCAGCCAAGUUGAGGACCAGCUAGAUCUGGAUUGAUCCAGUUCAAUUUCGGCUGAUCCAGUUCAAUUUGGAUUGAUUCAGUUUCACCUUGGCUAACCUGGGUCAAUCUAGACUGAUCCAGUUCAAACUGGAAUCGUCCGAUUCUGUCUGGAAUGAUCCGGUUUAGUCUGGAAUGGUCCAGUUCAAUCUGGAAUGACCUUGUGUAAUCUGGACUUGUCUGGUUCAAUCUGGAAUGAUCCAGUUCAAUCAGGACUAAUCCAACUCAGUUAAAAGCACCCAGAUGUCAUUGUCUGAUCUCCAGAACCAGCUGGAUCUGGUUAUCAUCUAAAUUUUCUGGAUCAAUUUCCUUGAUCCAGUUCAAAGCCAGCUGAAUCUGGAUCCUCUCUACCUUUCAGACCGAUUAGAUCUGGUUUCAUCCAGCCAAUUCAAACCAGCUGGACCUGGGUAUGGCUGGAUCAGCCACUCUCCAUUGACACAGAUACUGAAACACCACUUGCCUGACCUAGUACACCUCAGUGUCAAAGCAUACUUUCAAAUGAUGGCUCUGUUUAUUUGCACCAUUUUGCAUGUCUAUAUUUGUAAAGUUUGUCCUGGCUUGAUAUGGCAAUACCAGCAUGUUGUAUAAAGUAUUGAGAUGUGGGAACACUUUGUUCAAAUGGUCGCUUGCUUGGCUUGGGCUGGAAGUCCUGCAAACAUUGUAUUUAUCAUUGCCAUGCCCAACUAUGUACCUGCUUGAAGUUGCUUUUUCUUGUAAUGUGUGUUGAAGCAUAACUGUACAUUUAUUCACAGUUGUAAGCUUUGUGUUGUAACGUGUAGAAACAGGCAUACACAGAAAUCUAAUUAGGUUGCACUAAAGGGACUUUUCGCUAGAGGGCAUUUUCUUUAGUUGAAGGCAGUUCACUCUGUUGCUGCAUUCUUACAUUGGAAACAGUUCUCAGGGUAAAAUGUGUGCACACAUUAUAUUUUUAAAGGAUUUAGGCACAGCGAAAGAUGUUUCUGAUGAUGCACAGUGUUGUGUUAACGUGUAUAUAGUAGUACUGCCAUUCUUACAACGUAAAUGAAAUAGUCAACAUUCGAUCCAGCAGAAGUUACGUAUUGUAAAAUAUUGCACGUGUACAAACCUCUGACUCUGGCACAAAGCGCUUGGAAACCUAGUACUAUAAUACAGACGUUUGGGAAAUAGUUCAAAUUUCUUUGGAUUCAUAAGAUCCAUCUUAGAAUCAUGCACAAACUGACACUGAUGAUAUUUUACCUAGGAUCACGUCUCCAAUGGUGAUCAUGUCUCCAGUGGUGAUCAUCUCUUUUCCGUGAAACAAAUGUUUUACGCAUAGAUUAUUUUCUCAGUAACAACUUUCAUCAGAUUGGUGCAUAAAUGGAUAGUGCAGUUCUUUGUCCCAUGACCAAGGGGAUUUAUAAUGUUUCAGGAUCCUUCUAUUACCUUCCUCAGGGCAAUACUGACUGGUUCUACUUUCUACUGCAAGGUGGAUAUGCAAUGAGAAAAAUGAUGAGGGGGGAUACAAACUUAGUCAUGUUUGGCACUGCAUUUUUCUGACUGCAGUGCCACCUAGUAGUGCAACAAAGAGCUGCACCAUUCCAGACUUUUAGUACAGCUUUCUUUUUGCUUAGAUCUAUACAAAUAGCAUAGUGAAUGAGCAGACUACAGUAUUCAGGGCAAAUGAAAUGUGCCUUACCGAAGAACACAGUUUCUUUAAAAAUCACUUUAAAAAACAACUUGCUGUUUGAAUAGCCAAUUAACUCCGAAGUGAGAAUUUUGCAUUAGAAACAGUUGUCUUGUCAUUUAGUGUAGAUUUCUAAAUAAUGAGUUUUUUCUUAGCAAUUCUUUGAAAUGACCUGAAUGUGUGAUUUAACAGGCAUUUUCAUACUCAUAGAUAUAGCAGCAGCUGCGUUUUGUACAGAAAGAACAACCUUUGUAUUCUGACACUUUUCUGGUUUUCAAGAUUGAGGAAUGCUGUAACAACUGUAAAAUAUGCAUGUAGUUCUCAAGGGCUGAUGGAAAAAUUGGGGGAGGGGAAAACAUCACAUUACAGUGAAUACAACUCUGAACAUGUACAUGUAUGCAGCAAUACAAUAUGGGAAAAGGGAGACACUUUGAAAAGAGUACACCAUGUCUUUCCUUAGUUAUAGAUACUUAGUCAUUCUUACCAAUGAGAACUGUUGCCUAUCUAGAAUAUAAUUCAAAUCAAAUUUACAAGGAUGAUAUGAUCACAAUUCUAACAAAUGUAUCUACAAAUGUGGAAACGUAUGAUCAUUGGGAGAAAUGUUUUAUUUGACUCCGCCUGUUUAAGAUGAUGGACAGGUGCAUGUACAGUUGUAUAGAGGUCCUGUUUGGACAAGAAUUUCAUCCAUUAAUACUCCCUACUAUGGAAUUGGAAGAUGAAAAUUUUCUUUGAUUCUAAAUCGUUUUUACUCUAUUAAUCAAUAAAGCAUGUCUGAAUAGUGAAUA